GUCCUGCCAGGAAAGAUGGAUCACAACACAAGAACUGUGUGAGGCGCGUGGUCGCCAUAAUGCUCGCGAUUGCGGGGUUUCUGCGUGAUUUCGCAGUUCAACACAAGAAAUAGCUGGGGAGAGAAAACACAUCCUCGCGGGUCGACGCGCUGACGUCACUGUCGUGCGUGACUGUGUAGGAAUGUGCGGAAACUUCUGAACACUUUUAUCGUUCAGCACUUCGUCGAAGAGAAAAAGGACUUCGGAGCCUGGAUAAAGUUCGGGACAGGUUCGAAAGUGAGCCCUUGAUUGACGCCUGACCUGGACAUGGCGGCCCUGUCGGUGGGGAUGUUUCCUGUGGAGGCGUCCACGGUGGAGGACAGGCCGGGGCUGGGGAGCAUGCCCAAGAACAUGCUGCCCGCUCCGCAGCUGGUGAUGCUGGCCAAUGUGGCGGCGGAGUGCGGUGCAGGAGGAGAUGACAGCGUGGCGGAUGAAAAGGAGAUGAUGGAACUAAAGACUGUGGGAUGCAGCUACUCUGACAGUGAGGAUGAGAGCGUGAUCAGGUACAGCUACGACAACCAGAACCACCUAGACAUUUGUGUCAUUAACUACCCCGAGUCCCCACGUAACGAGGGUGUCGCCGGGGGCGACCUUGGAGCUGCGAGCCAGUCCCAGCCUCGCCCCUCCGCCAACACACCAAAAGAGGGCGCCGGUGACAAAGACACGCCCCCGAACGUUGACGGCCUGAACAAGAAGAAGCCGUUCUGCUGCAAACCGUGUCGCUUCCAGGCUCAGAACAAGCAGCAAUUCGUGGAGCACCUGAGCUCGCACAGCAUCAGCAAGAUGUUGGUGGUCAACCAGGUAGAGGGGCGGAGCAAAAUCACGGCCAAGGAGGCAGAGACGUCUGAGGCGACUCCUGCCAGGUCCAGUGAGGAGGCAGAGAAUGGCGGAGAAGCGGCCUCAACAGGGAACGAGAAAAAAGGCUUAUUCAAGUGUGAGCGGUGUGGCUACAACACCAACCGGUUAGACCAUUACAUGGCUCACCUGAAGCACCACAGCAAGGAGGGGGAGGACCACAGGGUGUUCAAGUGCACUCUGUGCACGUACACGACCGUCAGCCAGUACCACUGGAGGAAACACCUGAGGAACCACUUCCCCAGCAAGCUGCACACCUGCAGCCAGUGCUCCUACUUCUCCGACCGCAAGAGCAACUACAUCCAGCAUAUCCGCACGCACACAGGCGUCCGUCCAUUCCAGUGUGUAUACUGCGACUACUCCAGCUCACAGAAGACACACCUGACCCGACACAUGAGGACUCACUCAGGUGAGCGUCCCUUCAAGUGCGAGAGUUGCCCCUACCUGGCAGCUAACCAGCACGAAGUGACCCGGCACGCCCGCCAGGUGCACAACGGCCCCAAACCGCUGUCCUGCCCCUACUGCGAGUACAAGACGGCUGACCGCAGCAACUUCAAGAAGCACGUGGAGCUUCACCUGAACCCUCGGCAGUUCCUCUGCCCGCUCUGCAAGUACGCCGCCUCCAAGAAGUGCAACCUACAGUACCACAUCAAGUCCAGACACUCGGGCUGCAGCGUGGAGCUGGACGUCUCCAAAGUCAAACUGCGCAUCAAGAAGCCCAGUACUGACGGUGCAGAGGAGAACUCUAAAGCAAGCAAGUCCGAUGGUUCGUCCAGCUUUGAGGAGGACAUGGAGGACGAGGACGACCACUCCAGCCCCAUAAAUCUGUCCAUCAAGAAGAGCAGCAGGACCAACCCACCAGGAGGGACCGAAACUACCGACAAGUCUGCAAAGAAACCUAGACUCAUGUCUGAGGAAGAGAAACCACAGAAAGUGAAAGAGCAGGAGAAAAAGAUCUCAAUGAGACAGAAGAAGGUUCCUGAGGGAGAGACUACGCCUGUGACAACAGACAACAAGGUGAAGAAACGAGUCAAGAAGGUGCAAGCAGUGAAAAAGACGGACCAGGACCAAGCAGAGGAACCCCCGCCUGAGAAACACAGAGCAGGGGAAGCCUGUCAACAGCAAAUGUCACAAGAAGCACAUGUUAAGGACCAAAAGGUCAGGCCUGACAAGGAGAAGGUACCUCAGAGAAGGGACAGCUCUAAACCCAGGAAGUGUGGAUCCAGGAAGUCUGAGAAGAAACCAGAUCAUAUCAAGGAAGCCACAGAGAAACCCACGACUCCUGCAAAAAAAUCCAAACCAAAGGUGGUCAAGGUCAAACCCACCAAGAGAAGAGCAGCUGAAGCUCUGGAUCUUUCCCAAAGGUCCUCCAAGACCAGACGUUUGAAAGCUCCUGCCGCUGAAAAGCUGCCGACCAAGUCUCCUCAACAGGCAGAGUCCAGCCCAACCGACAGAUCCAUUAGAACUCUGGCUGCCAAGACUAGAAAGUCCAGCAAGAAAGCUCCAACAGAGCGUCAGAUAGCCGACCCAGUCCCAUCCUCAGAGGCUCCAGAGACGUCCACUCAGCCCACAAGAGACAGUCCUGCAGGAUCCUCCACUGAAGAAUGCGCAGAUUCUUGCAGCGCCACUCCAGGAGAACCAGCUGCCAGUCGGGCUGAAGACCAGCACCCUCCAACCUUUGUCAAACCCACGCUGCCUCCACUGCUUCCAGGCCAGCGCAGCAGACCUGCUGAUGCUGAGGAUGAUGAGGGCAUCCACAGCUGCCAGGAGGCAGGAAGUGACAUCAGUGACAGCGCGUCAGAGGGAAGUGACGACUCUGGCCUCAACGGGGCUGGCGCCAGAUUAGGCAAGAUGACCAACGACCCUGAAACGCCCACAGAAGAGGUUCCAACGCCAGCAGAGCUCAAGAGCCACCUGUGCAUCUUCUGUGACCGCACCUUCAUGCAAGAGGGGGAGUACAGGCGCCACCUGAACCGCCACCUCGUCAAUGUCUACUAUAUGGAUGGGGCCGCCAGCACUCAGAAGUGAGAGGUUUCCACGGAAACGGAUUGGCCGAUCAACUGAAGACAAUUCCCUUUGUUCAAAUGAUUUUCACCUUCGAGGCUUGCGGCUGCUUCACUGUAGUCUAUGUAUUAAGGCUCUUUAGUAGAAACUGAAGACGUCAAUUCCAAUUCACGAUCAGGAAUCAAUUCUUCUGAUCAAGAACCAGUUUUCAGCUCAGCUCAUGAACUGAUCCAGUCUGCUGCAGCCAAAAGACCAGAGGAGGACUUCUGGUUUCUCAGCAUCAAAUCAAGAUCAGUUCAAGCAGAAACUCUCAGGUUUUAACCAGUCCUGCAGGUCUCACCACGCCUGCAACACUACAUCACAUCAGCUGUUGUUACCCUGGUAACCAUGCCCUAAAAAUUCAUUUCAUCCAGCAGUUUGUGGGUCUUUCACGUGUUUCCAUGGGAACCGGAUGCUGUUUGACCUUUAGUGCCUUUGACAAUCAGCUGUGUGGUCUGAAGGUUGCAGCUGAACCUCUCCAGACUGUCAAGUGAACAAGUCUAGAUUCUGGCCCCAAUGUUUCAGGUGUGUAAAUAUUUCAGUGCAAUACCCCCCUCCCCCCCAGGCUUGUUCGUGAAACUGCUUCAUGGUUUUGAUGAAGCGGAAAGACUUUUCUUCACUUCAAACUAACAGCUUUAUUCUGCAGCUCUCCAUCUCUGACUGCUUUCUCAAUAAAGUUUGACAAAUCCUUUCA